AUGACUUCUAGAACAACUUGUUGGUUAUUGUUUGAAUUUUCAGAUUUUUCAGCAAAAAUUGGAGCUGAAAGCUGAAUUCUCAGAUUUUGAAAAUAUAGAGGAAUUUUAGCAAAAUUCUAAUGUUCAGACUGAAUUUUUCAGGUUACUCUCAAUUUUCUGCAAAUAAUUUUAUUUCAUCUCAAAAUGAUCCUAAUUUUCUUCUUUUUUAUGAUUUUUCAACAAUUUUCUAAAAAUUUCAGAUUCUUCCAUGUCAAACAUUCAUAAAUACAAAGAUGAUGAGGAUAAACAAACUUUGCUUCUUCCAACAACAAUUAAACCAGGUAAGUGAUUGAAAUUUUAAUUUUCACUUAGAAUUAGAUUCUGAAUUUCAGACUAGAGUUUUCAGAAUUUCCUCAAAAUUCUGAAACUUUUAAGUUUAAAUCCGAGCAUAUUUGUGCUCCAAAUGCUCCAAAUUUCAUUUAAAAAAUCUGAAAGUUUCAGAGCCAAGCUCAAACUCCCCGAAAGUCUCCACAUUUUUCAAAUUAUACGUGAUUAUAACAAUGGUUUUUGUAUGGAGUGGAUAUACGCUAACAAUAAAAUAUACAAGGAGUACUGUAGAUCAAGAUCAAGUGGGUUACUGUAGAGAAAAAAUAACGUGAAAAAUGUUUUUUGCAGAUGUAUUCAUCAACUUCUGUGGUUUUAUGCGCUGAAAUUCUCAAACUUCUAAUAACAUUUUUCAUGAUUUUCAAAGAAUCCAGUUAUCAAACUCGAAAAUUUAGUCAAUUAAUUCAAAAUUAUUAUUUGAAUGCUCCAAAAGAGCUGGCAAAAAUGAGUGUUCCAUCGAUUGCUUAUGCAUUACAGAAUAAUUUGGAUUUUGUUGGACUUGAGAAUUUGGAUGCUGGAGUUUAUCAGGUCGGUUUGGUAUUCAAAGCAUUUGGAAUUUUAAAAUGUUCAGAAAAUCGAGAAAAAUCUGAAAUGUUCCGAAUUUUUCAGGUCACAACCCAAUUGAAAGUCGUCUCAACAGCUCUUUUUAUGAUGCUUUUUUUGGGCCGAAAAUUUUCGUUGAGAAGAUGGAUUGCGAUUACAAUGUUGAUGUUUGGAGUGGCUUUUGUUCAGGUAAAAAAUUAAUGUUGAAAAAUUUUAGAAUUUUCACCAGAAAAUGUAUGAAAAAUUGAUUAAAAAUAUUCAUUUUUUUCCAAAAAUCAUCAAAAUUUCACAGAUGAACAACACUCCAGCUUCCGAAAUGAAUAAACGAAAAGAGUCGGCUGAGAAUUACAUUUUGGGACUUUCAGCAGUUUUGGCGACUUGUAUAACUGCUGGAUUUGCUGGAGUUUGGUUUGAGAAAAUGUUAAAGGAUGGUGGAAAUACACCAUUUUGGAUUAGGAAUUUGCAAAUGUAUAGUUGUGGAGUGGUAAGUUAUCAGAAAGGCAUUUUUAAAAGAAUUUGGAAAAAUACAAGUGCGCUCCAAGUAUUAAUCAGAAUUAUCAAUAGAGCGUACUUUCCUUCAUCUAUAAUUUGUUCCAGAUCAGUGCCUCAAUCGCUUGUCUAAUGGAUCAUUCACAAAUCUACGAAAAAGGCUUUUUCUUUGGUUAUAAUGAAAAAGUUUGGAUAAUUGUUGGAUUUCUCGGAAUUGGCGGGCUUUAUAUUUCUCUAGUCAUGAAACAUUUGGAUAAUCUUUAUAAAUCAAUGGCCUCCGCAGUUUCUAUUAUUUUUGUUGCCAUUUUAUCGCUUUUCAUUCUUCCUGAUGUAUUUAUUGGAAUGUAUUUUGUAUUGGGAGCAAUUUUAGUGAUUCUUGCGGUUUUGUUGUAUAAUUCGGUUAAUGAGUAG